UUUCAACAUAAUCAUUUGGCUGUCCUAUUCCACAAAUAAAUUGAGAGUUGAAAACUUUGUUUAUAUAAAAGGUUUUUUCACACUUGUCUUAACAUGUAAGCAUCAUAGGUAUAUAAAAACAACAAAAUACAAUUUGAAGGCAAGUGACUUGAAUUUCACAAAAAUCAUCAGUAAGAAAAUAUGCAUUCACCUCGUUUGAAAAAGGCCACUCAAGUAUGUUUUCAGGGUUGUUGUCCGAAUCCCACCGUGAGAGGGCCGCUGCCAGAGGCGGAGCAGCCCAUUGCAAAGACAAGCAGCACGUCGGCUGCUUGUCGUCGCAACUUUGCAGCAACAACUGCAUCUUCCCUUUUCCCGUCUACCAACUUCACCAACCAUGAGUCCAUCCCUUCUCUGCAAGAAUCGUUUGUUCAGUUCAUCAAAGCUUAUCCCAAGUACUCCGACACUGCUCCGGUUGAUCAAAUCCGAGCUCGUGAAUACGGCCACCUCGAACUCUCCAACCAUGUUUCCCUUGAUUACAUUGGUGUUGGCCUUUUCUCACAAUCACAGGUGAUGUCUCAGUACAGAUCCGCCAUUUCUGCUCCAACCUCGUCUCCUCCAGCGUCCGAUUUCCCAUUGUUCGGCAUAAACUUCAAGUCAGUGAGCCUCAAGUCGCAGCUGCUUCACGGCGGAGAAGGGUCAGAACUGGAAUCCGCCAUCAAGAAAAGGAUCAUGGAUUUUUUAAACAUCUCACAAAAUGAUUAUGCUAUGGUGUUCACAGUGAACAGAUCAGCUGCUUUCAAACUUGUGGCAGAGUCUUACCCUUACCAAUCCAGCCGCAAACUGCUGACAGUGUACGACCACGAGAGCGAGGCAUUGAGCUCCAUGAUCAACACAUCGGGGAAGAGAGGGGCCCGCGUCAUGGCAGCCGAGUUCAAGUGGCCAAGAUUGAGGAUUCACUCUGCCAAACUGAGGAAGAUGAUCAUGAGAAAGAAGAAGAAGAAGAAACACAGAGGGCUGUUUGUGUUUCCUCUUCAAUCAAGAAUGAGUGGAGCCAGUUACUCAUACCAAUGGAUGACCUUGGCGCAGGAACACGGCUGGCACGUCCUGCUCGACGCCUGUGCAUUAGGGCCGAAAGACAUGGACAGCUUCGGCCUCUCCCUCUUCCACCCCGACUUCCUCAUUUGCUCCUUCUACAAAGUGUUCGGAGAAAACCCCACUGGAUUUGGAUGCCUCUUUGUCAAGAAAUCUGUUGUGCCGGUUCUGGAAGCUUCUGCAGGUGCAGGAAUUGUGUCGAUCACACCAGCAAAGAACUUGCUCCCCUUCCCUGAGGAUUCUUCAGGUACGGACACAGAACUCGAACAGAUUGGGAUAAAGCAAGAAGCUGCAACAGAGGAAAAGACAGAGAAAGAUAUUGCUCCAUUAUCAAACAUCGAAUGCAGAUGCUUGGAUCAUGUGGAUUCAUUAGGAUUGACAGUGAUCAGCAGCAGAAGCAGGUACCUGAUCAACUGGCUGGUGACGGCAGUGAUGAAGCUCCAGCAUCCAAACAGACUCGACAACUUCCCUCUCGUCACAAUCUACGGGCCGAGGGGGAAAUUUGACCGCGCGGCUGCAUUGGCCUUCAACAUAUGCGACUGGAAACGCGAGACGGUGGAGCCUGCUCUCGUGCAGAAGCUAGCUGAUAGGAAUCACAUAUCGCUCGGCAAUGGAAUGCUGCACCAUGUUUGGUUCGCAGACAAGGCCGACGAGGAGAAGCACAAGUUCUGCAGAGCAAAGGAGAAAGGCGGAAAUGCUCAUCACAGAAUCAAUGUGGUUACUGCAGCGCUUACUUUCUUGGCCAAUUUUGAAGAUGUUUAUAGGCUCUGGGCUUUCAUAGCUCAGUUCCUCGACGCCGACUUCGUCGAGAAGGAGAGAUGGAGAUACACCGCCCUCAAUCAAAAAACCAUUGAAGUGUAGGCCCAAACUCUAAUUCAUUCACAAAUUUCUCUUCAAUUCAAAUUCCUCCUUGUGAUUUUCAA